AUGCCAUCAACAACUUCUUCACCGCGCAUCGCCAUUAUCGGGGCUGGGCCUGCUGGGUUGACACUCUAUCUCCUACUCCAUGCCCGUGGGAUCAAAUCGAUUAUUUUUGAGCUUCGCCAGAAACCUACCGAGGAAGAACUUUCCAAGCCAUCGGGGUGUUUAGACCUUCACCAGGAAUCUGGUCUCGCUGCUAUCAGAGAAUGUGGAUUGUGGGAGGAAUUCAUCCGAUUAACGGGGGACUGCACCGAGGCGCAAAAGGUUACCGAUAAAGAUGGUAUCAUUCUGCACGAGGAUCAAGGGGAGUUGAGUGAUCGCCCAGAGAUAUCCCGUCAUGCGUUGAUCAAGCUGCUCGCCUCUCAUCUACCCGAGGAUUCCAUUAGAUGGUGUCAUAAGUUAAUGUAUGCGGCAGAGAUUCAAACUACCGCCGGAACCAAGGUGCAGCUCGACUUUGGUGUCCAUGGAAGACACUUUGCCGACUUUGUUAUUGGAGCCGACGGAGCCUGGUCCCAAGUUCGGAGCAUGUUGACUACUGUGAAGCCAUACUACGUGGGCACUCAAAAUAUCACCCUUACUAUUCGACAAUUGACGACAAAAUAUCCACAUCUGGACGUUCUGGUUGGCCGUGGGAGCUUCUCCGCUUUAGGUCUUCGCCAUGGGGUCAUGUCCCAGCGUGGACCCCUGGACUCGGCGAGGAUCUAUAUCUUCUUGACGACCCCCGAUGAACAGGCGGCCGUCACAUUGGGUCUUGCAAAUCAGCCAGCAUCGGCAACAAAGGAAAUGCUUUUCACAAACAACGAACUGCUCGGGCAGUGGGGCGAAACCAUGAAAGACUUGGUGGCUGUUGCCUGUGACGAGGAAACGAUGGAUAACCCGGAUGCCACCAUUGAUAUCCGCCCUCUCUAUACACUUCCGAUCGGUGCAUCGUGGGAGCAUAAUCCAAUUGCAACUCUCGUUGGUGAUGCGGCACAUCUCAUGUGUCCGUGGGCCGGGGAAGGUGUCAACCUUGCGAUGUUGGACUCACUGACCUUGGCUCAUGCAAUUGCCGACGCGGUUCAGUCAGCGGAACAAACAGGUCCAUCAUUUCGCUGGAGACUCAGUCCACUUCUGAGGAAAUGCGAGCAGACGCAGGCAUCCCGAGCCAAGGAAAAGGCAGAGGAAACUGAGACUAACGGGAAAAUGUUAUUUUCAGAGAACGGAGCCCAGAAAUUCGCGAAAUUCUUCCAAUCCGUGUAUGGCAGCGUCGCAGAAACACCCGAAACUCGUCACGAAGAGGCGGAAAGAGAUAAUUAG